AGGAGGGGCGCUGCUACCAAAACCCACGUGGAGCGGGAAGGAAAAGGAGGAAGGGAGGAACGACGAUACGCUCAAAGAUACUACAAGGAAGAACAAGAACGGAUUCAUUCAGAGAUCAUAAGAUUGGAAAGACAAGAGAAGAAGAACUGUCGUGAGAAGAACCAACUCGGUGCAUUCAGAAUCAAGUUAAAACUGUUUCAGCAAUUGUAAUUAUCAUGACGAACGAAGAAUCGGUUUACCAAGAGGUAGCGGAGCAGGAGAGCUCUCACCGCGAAAGCAAUGAAUUAUCCGAAGAACAAUGGCAAAUCAUCAACAAGUACAGAAACUACCUGAAUGAAGAUGACGAGGUUUUAAGAACCUUGUUCGAUUUGUCAUCAAUGAAGGGCCGUGCGAACACCACCGCGGGGCUUUCAAGUGAUGGUUUUGAUGCCAUAAUUCUUUGUUGACUAGAUAGACAGAUGUGGUUGUGAAAUUUGUGAGAUAAUAAAUGGAUUGGUGUAAAA